CUUUAGCGAUGACAUGUAUCGCUCAUAUAGGCUGGGGUGUGUGUUCCUGUGAACAGGCUAAAGUCCUGGACUCCACUGAGACAACACUGAGGUCGAGAUGCUCAACAUUGGGGCUGUGCUGCUGUUACUAAUUGGUGUGACGGAUGGUGUGAAGACCUUCUGCAACGCCACACAGCCACACAUCACGACCCAGUGCUUUGGCUCUCUGGGAGGAACCGUGGAGGUCCUGCUCGUGCUGCCUACUCAGUCCUCACAAAAUGAUACCUUCAGACUGAAGAACAACAAUGUCACGAUUUUAUCAGAACGCAAUCAGACAAACAUUCGAUAUUCAUUUAAUGUCAGUACUGGAAUAUUUACUAUAAAGGACAUCGACAGGACAGACAAUGAUGAAUACUCAAUGGAAGUACAUAAUGCAUCUGGAAACCAAGUAGCAUUUACGAAAUGUUAUUUAACCAUUGAAGCCCCGGCCUCCUCUCCCCUCCUGUCCCGGCAGUGUCUGUCCCGGGGACAGCAGAGGGUGUCCUGCUCUGCCGGGGGGGACGGACUCCACUACAGCUGGAGUCCAGACGGACUCCCGCUGAACGACACGCGUGUCCACUCCGGACCCGGUAACGCUAGUGACGUCACUCUGGAGGUGGGCUGGGCGGGACUGGUCACCUGCUCGGUCAGCAACAACGUGAGCCACGCCGCGGCUAACAUCACCUUGUCUGUGUGUGACGGGUUCAUUUAUGUGAACUGCACAUCUAAUGGAACACAUAUAUCACAGUGGGUGCACGGAGACAACAAUACCUUAUGCCCUGAGGCAGCGGUCACUGUGGGACCCACAGACGAUGUCAAUACAACGGAGCUCGUCCCUAUAAUAGCUGGUUCCCUGUCAGCGAUAGCACUGCUCCUGAUAGUAGUAUUGGGAGUCUACUGCGCAAAAAAGCACAAAACCUCAAAAGACACCACAGAGGCGGAGGAUGUAACCUACGCAGACAUCUCUGUGCUCCAGCGUCAGGGGCAGCGGAGAGAGCAGGGGGUCCCCUCUGAACAGCCCUGGUACACUGGGAUCCACCAGGUCCCCUCUGAACAGCCCUGGUACACUGGGAUCCACCAGGUCCUCACUGAACAGCCCUGGUAUACUGGGAUCCACCAGGUCCCCUCUGAACAGCCCUGGUACACUGGGAUCCACCUGCAGUCCAACAUCAAUAAUCAGCCCCAAGAGACUCGCAGGGCAGGGAGCUGA